UUGUCGCACAAAACCAAGAAGCAGUAGCCGAGUCUACGGAGGUUUACAAAGUAAUUGCAGAAGAAAGAUUGCCAGCACAUAACAAAAACAAUCAAGAAGCUUUAGCAGUCGAGAUGGUAAAAGAAGAGAGUUUUGUAGCCGAUGGCGCCGAUGAGGAAAUGUUGGGCACCGGCGCAGCCGAUGAAAAGCUAGCGGAGCGUCGAGACGAGGUCAAAUUUAUCAAGGGAGAUCAUCAAAAUGGCGAUGCGAAGAUAGAUAUUGGGAAUCUCAACGGCGGCAAGCAGUCCUUCACUGGCAUGAGCAAGGAGGAGCUGCUGAAGUACGCCAACGAUCCGUUCUGGGUGCGUUUGCGCUGGAUAUUCUUUGUUUGCUUCUGGGCCAUUUGGGUGGGCAUGCUGGUGGGCGCCAUACUGAUCAUAAUUGGAGCACCCAAGUGUGCCGCACCACAGCCACUGCCCUGGUACAAGCGGGGACUACACGCCAAAUUUGGCCAUGUUGCCGAUUUCAAGCCGGAGGAUGUUCAAGCCGCCCAAAAACUAUUUGCAUCGGGUGCCAUUUACGAGCUGCCUGCCGGGCAGACGUACGAGGUCAAGAAACCCGAUGUGGAGGCACAAAUCAAACAGCUCGUGGAUCUCUACAAGCCAACCGACAUCAAGAUUAUACUCGACCUGACUCCCAACUAUGUGAGCAACAGCUCCCAGCUAAUGCGCGAUGCCUUGGCCAAUGAGGAGCAGCGCGCCGCAUUCGUGUGGGUGAAAGCCGCGGGCAACGAGCCGCCAAAUAACUGGAAGAAGGUGGGCGGCAACAGCAGCGCUUGGACGCAACUGGAGGGCAGCUAUGUGCUGUCACAGUUCGAGGAAGGCAACUAUGAUCUGAAGAUGAACUCGACGCUGGUGCGACGAGAACUUGGCGGCGUGCUACAACAUCUGGUUGGACUAGGUGUGCAGGGCUUCCGCCUGAAGAAUACCAAAUUCUAUCUGAUCAACGAUAACCUGGCCGACGAGGAGAUCUCGCAUACCACCAAGGAGCUCAACAUGGUAGACUACGGCUUCUAUACGCACAGCCAGACCACAUUCCAGAGCGGAUUAGGCGAUGUGCUCUACGACUAUUUGGGCAUGGUGAAAAAUGUCUCAGCUGAUGCAUUCCUCUCGGUGGCCGAGGAUAUUAUACGGCCCGAGGCCUACGUGCUGAGCCAAGCGGGCGGCGCUCUGGGCAUUGAUCUGCCCAUGUAUGGCGAGUUCAUACGUACGCUCAGCUCCUCCAAGACAAACAAGAAGCUGCAGCAACAGCUACAGCAGACAUUCAUGGACACCGCCAACACUAGCUGGCUGCAGUGGAACUUUGCCGAUGUCUACGUGGACACAUCCUCCCAUCCGUCCGCACUGGCCCUGUUCAUGUCCCUGCUGCCCGGCGUGCCUGUUGUGCCCGUCGACUCCAUAGAGUAUGCAAAUGUCAGUGAACCGACCUACAGCCAAAUCCAACAGCUGCGCCUCUCGCCCUCCUACAUGCACGGCGAGCUGCAGGUCUUCGAGGUCGACCAGCUCAUUGCCUACUCCAGAAUCAAGUCUGGCAGUCCCGGUUUCUUUGUCAUCUUUAAUCCCACCGAUUCGCCGCAUUUAAGCAACUUUACCGCCGAUCACAAGCUGCCCGACAAGAUGACCGUCUCAUAUUUAAGUGAGAACUACAACAACAACAACGGCAAUGCCACAAAGGUGGCACAGUCGACCAAGAUCAAUCUCAAUGAGCUCCAGGUGGCACCGCACUCGACCAUCGUUUUGACCUAUGUUCCGGUCAAGAGCGAGUAAAAAACCAAGGAUAUUAUAUACAUGUACAGUGAAAGCUCUUUGAGCGGAAAGACAGACGAUGUUCGCCUAAAAGAGAUGUCCAGCCAAAUAUUGAAAAACAUACAAAAUUUCGAAAUUCUAAAAAUGUAUUCCAGAUAGUUUUGAAAAUAUUCCUAAUAAGCGGGAAUUGAGCGAACUAAUUGUAUUAGAAAACUUGUUUGUUUACCAAAAGAAACUGUUCGUUAAACGGGCUUUCACUGUGCUAUAACUAUACAAAAUAAUGUAUUAACUUUAAACGCUUGCUAAAACAAGUUCAAGUUGCGUAGAAAAAAUACUCUUACCCAAAAAAUAUAAAUGCGUAAAUUGUUUUCUUAGCCGUUUGCUUGAAAAUAUAAAAAAUAAAUAUUCACUGCUUGCAUUUCAAAACAA